AUGCAGUCGCGGCGGGCGUGCGUGCUGGGGCUGGCAGGUCUGGCGCUGCUGUUCCCCCUGUACCUGUGCCUGAUCAUCCCCUUGUACCGCCCGCAUGUGCGAUCAGUGACGAGCAAGUCCGAGAAAGUUCGGCUGGUUGUGUCCGUGAGCUCGCUCCUGGGGCGAGUUGACUUCCUGCGACGAUCGCUGACGUCGAUGAAGAAGCAGUCGCUGAGACCCGACAGAAUCAUGGUCAACAUCCCUCUCUACACUCGGUUCGGCAACAUUACAUCCCAGGACAUCGAGGCCUUGGUCCAUGCAUUGACGCCCACCACCGGCUCUCUCGAGAUGGUGCCGGGCAGCAGUCACGAUUACAAGAACCAACUCUUCUACCUGCACUUCCUCAACAGAGACUUCGGUCCUGCCACCAAGUUGUUGGGAGCUCUGCAGGUGGAGAAAGACCCGGAGACCAUGAUCAUUACCCUGGACGAUGAUUGCGAGUACCCGCAGCAAGUCGUCGCCUCCCUUGCCUACCACAUGCCUUCCGAGGGGUGUCUGAGUGGCCUCUGCCAGGAGCUGCCUGCUCUCAUGCCCAUUCAUGGUAUGGUGACUCUCGGGUUUCCUCAUGGGAUCCUCGCAACAGCAGGCUGGUACUCGCAGGAUAGGAUCAUUCCCUGCUACGGUUGGCUCAUGGGGUACACGGGAAUUGCGUACCGGGUCCGGUACUUCGGCGAUGACAUCUUCGAGUACUUGAAGAGACUCCCGUCGGGUUGUUUCUUUCAUGACGACGUCUGGCUUUCAGGGUACCUCUACAAGAAGGGGAUUCAACGAUACUACUACCCCUUCGUCCCGGAUCCAAUGCAUUUCAUGAAGCACCCGAACAUGAGCAUUAGUUCAAUCUCAGACACUCAGUCCCGACAUCAGCUGCCUUGUGUUGAAUACUUCGAUCGAUUUGGAUGGAACUGA